CACCAACCCGAAACAGCUCCUUUCAGACGCUCUGGAUUUGUAAAAAUUCAGAGAAAUCACAAAAACACACACACACACACAAAAAAAAAAAAAAACCACAAAAACACAAACUUGCGUUUUGGGACACACCGAGUCUUCCAGGCACACAGCAGGGAGGUGUCCCCGAUUUUGGGGGUCCCAGGGCUGGCGGUGGCCGCGGGGACGAUGCCCGGGGGAGGGGACGCUCCCCGUGGUGUCCCCAGCGCCACCCGCGUGUCCCCCGGGCGGGGGCGGCCCGGCUGGCCGGGAGGGGAGGGCUCGGUGCUCCCAAAAGCCGAGCGAGGCCCCCAGGAAGGCAUUAACAAAACUCUUCUGGUGCUAAGAGGGGAGGACAGGGAGCUCCGUCCUGACCCUCAACAUCUCCGAACCUUUCCGACCUUGCCAGGGAAAAGGGCCCGGAGCUCCCCCGGGGUGUCCCCAGGAUGUCCCCUGUCCUGUGUCAGGGUACCGGGACCUCCCCGGGAUGUCCCCUACCCUGUUUCGGGCACCGGGAUGUCCUCAGGUUGUCCCUGUCCUGUGUCGGGGCACCGGGCUGUCCCCAGGAGGGUCCCCGGUGCCAUCUCCUUGUCCCCGAGCCCUCACCCCCAUGGCGACCCGCGCCGUUCUUUCCCCAUCCCCGGCUGCCACCCCGCUGUCCCAGCCGGGAACGGGGAAGGGCCCGGUGGGCGACGAGCCGGGAAAAAGUAUCCCGGGAAAAACAAAAACAAGCCGGGAAUGGCGGGCUCGGUGAGCCCGGCACGUCCCGGCCCCUCCCCUGCGCCACCGCGGUGCCACCGCGCCCGCCCGGUGUCCCCUGCCCAGCUCAGGUCCCGCCCUCGGCCGUGUCCCCGCAGCCCCCGCCGCGCCCUCCUCCGCACAUCCCGGGGCGCUCCCGGCCCCUCCGCAUCCCGCCGGGAAUGUCGCACGCGGGAAUGUCGCACGGUCGAAUGUCGCAUGCGGGAAUGUCGCGUGCGGGAAUGUCGCGUGCCGGAAUGUCGCACGGCGGAAUGUGGCAUGGCGGGCGGAGCACGUCCCGGUGCCGUGGAGCCGCUGUGGGAUUGGGAAUUCCCGGGAAUUCCUGUGCCUGACCCUUCCCGGGGCCGCUCCCCUGGGGGAUCCCGGUGGGGACGCGCCCGUGGCUGA